GAGGAAUACCUGCGCGUGUGCGUGUCUGUGCGACUGCGUCAGCAGCAGUAGCAGCAGCAUCGGUGACAGAGACAUGAAUUUGCUCUACAGCCUGCUUAUGGCCAGUUUAACUAACUCGAGGUGAACUCGUUAGUUUAACUAACGAACAGCACCGAACCAGACUGAGAGACACUUAACCUCAGAGUAAUGUCGUCACCUGUCAGAGGAGGACACUCCUGAGGCCAGCAGAUGGAGUGGGAGUCAUCAGACGACAGACAGGGAGGAUCAUUGUGCGACCCCCUUGAUUUAACCAAUUCUUCUGAGCCACCAACCACCAGCAACAUCACAGAACAUGAGUUCUCAUGUCACUGUUGCUAUGACAUCUUAGUGAACCCCACCACUUUGACCUGUGGCCACAACUUCUGUCGCCACUGUCUGGCUCUGUGGUGGGAAUCCUCACGCAAGAACGAGUGUCCAGAAUGCCGGGAGAAAUGGGAGGGUUUUCCUAAAGUCAACAUACUGCUGAGGGAUGCCACUGAAAAGCUGUUCAGUGACGUCAUUCAGCAGAGAAGAGCAGCAGUCCAGGCAAACCCAAAAGUUUCCCGCAGCCUGUUGGCCUUCCAGAGAUAUGGCGACAACUUGGGCAGAUCCAGGACAAACCAGCACAAAGGAGCGGGCUUCUUCUUCUCUGGUGUCUUAUCUGCACUCACCUUUGUGGCUGUAAUGGUGAUGGUGUAUCACUGGAGCAGCGGUGUGGUGGAGCAGCACGACCUGCUCAUCACUAAACCAGUGUCUCACUGGACGGCAGAGGAAGUGGUGUCCUGGCUGGAAAACCUGGGGCCCUGGGCCCAGCUUUACAGUGAAGCCUUCCAGCAGGAAAACGUCAAUGGAAGGUUACUGUUAAUGCUGGGCGAAGAGGAGCUGUUAAAGCUGCCUUACAACAUUGAAAGUCAUGCCCAUCGACGAGCUGUCUUAGCUGAACUGGACAGAGUUAAAGUUCUGGGGGUCAAACCUCCACAAAAUCUCUGGGAAUACAAAGCGGCCAACGCUGGGAAGUCGUUGUUUUUGCUGUACGCGCUGAAGCGAUCGCCUCGUCUCACGCUCUUCUACUUGUAUUUGUUCGACUAUGCGGAAACCUUCCUGCCCUUCCUGCACACCUGCUGCCCAGCCAUCGCGCACCUCGACCACUCGGUGGAGAGCAGCUUCCUCAACUCACAGUUGGAGCCAAACUGGCGGCAGUGGGUGGAGUUCCUGGUGAAGUAUCUCCUGCUUCCGUACCAGCUUAUAGCAGAGUUUGCGUGGGACUGGUUGGAUGUCCACUACUGGACGUCCCGCUUCAUCAUUGUUAACGCCAUGCUGCUGUCUGUGCUGGAAGGCUGUACACUGUGGAGACUGUUGACAAGAGCCAGGAUCAGGGCUCUGCCAGACAAGAUGUGGAACCAUCUGUGGAAGAUGCUAUCGCAGGGGUUUGCAUUCGCUCUGCUGUGGCCAUUCGUCCCACAGUUUGUGUGCAACUGUUUCUUUUACUGGGCAUUAUACUUCAGUCCCAUUGUCAAUAUAGACAUGGUAGUACAGCAGCUAAUGCACCCGGAAACACAGGCGCCGUAGCAACUGGGGCUCAGUGGAACGACACACGACUCAAAUGCAGUAAAUGGGUAGAAAGCCAGAAUGCUGGAUGUUUGCCAGGCUGGCUUUGAGCUACUCUAGGAGAGAAGAAAUAUGAGGAGAAGCUGUGAAAGGUCUGUCAUCAUGCUGACGGAGACCCUAUUACUGUGGACUAGUACACAAAUCACAUUACCUAUGCUAUACCUAAUUACCAGAAUGCUUGAGAAGGUAAAGAUACAGAAGAUAAGUCAUGUUCAAACACUGGAGGCAGUGAAGACUGGCCUUAUGAGGAGUUCCCUGACAGUUUACAGUGUUGUAGUACUGUAGUACUGCUGUUGAGACAGCCUCAGUCCAGAAUAAGGGAAGCUUUGUUUUUUUUAUUCAUUUACAUACCUGGUUACUGACAGUAGAAGAAAUCAAGGACACAUUUAUUUUUGUCUAACUUCUAUAUUCAAAAAUCAAAUGUCAUUUUUUUGGCAUGUUAGCCACAAUCAUUUACAGGAACAACUAUCAGUUUGAGUAAUGUGGCAUUAUCAGUGUAUGCAAGUCCUUAUUCUGUAUUCUUUGGUUGGCACUGUCGCUCUUACGGCGACUGAUCUUGGUACUGGAGUUCAAAGAUUUUGCAAGCUUAUUUGAUACCACAGCUGUUCACCUACUGUUGGAAAAAAAAGAACAAAUACUCAACAUUUAUGUUUUCUUACAGGAUUUGGGCACAUAAGAUUUGAAAUAAAACUGAGAUGUGGAUCUUUUUUUAUGUUGAUAACUUUAAGGAGAAACAGCUUGAUGCAUAUUUUAUUUGAUUGUACCGCAGACAAAGAUGGAGUUGCACUUUUCUUUUCUUUAAUUGUUGAAGAUGAAUUUUCACAGUAUACAUUUCCAUGUGGAGGGUGACAAGUACUCAUCAAGGACAGAGUUUUUUGUUUUUUUACAUUACACUUGUUUGCACUUGAAAGUUCUCACACUGUGAUUUUGUUCUUCAGUGUUCUCUAAUGCCAUAGGAAAAAUAAAGAUUUUUAAAUGUUAA